CUCGUGCAUCGGCCGCCAGUCGACCGCCGCUUGCGCAUCGAGAGAAACAAUUUUAAACAAGACAUUAUUUAAAUAUCGAAGCGCGUUCGGUUAUAAAAUAUUCGUGUGUAGUGAUCAGUGUUGUGAAUUGAGAUUUUUGUUUGACAAAAGAUUUGAAGCAUGGAGCCCCUACAAGUAGACAUUGUGCACUUUUAUCCGAGGGAAAACGCACAGCCUCAUAAUACAGUCAAAUACGAGGUGGUGAACGAUGAGAACCCCACCACCACGAUAGUGCGUCGCGGACAGCCCUUCAGCGGCGUGGUGAGGUUCAACAGACCCUACGAUGAGGCCAACGAUAUUGUACAGCUGGUCUUCUCUAUCGGUGACAAGCUGACAAUGGACACGAUGGGCAAGAUGUUCAUUCGUCGCGACGCCGUCCCGGAUAAGCACUCGUGGAGCGCCACCCUGCAAGACCUGCCCGAACCAAACACACUCUCCUUCAACGUGUCGAGUCCAGUGAACGCGCCCGUCGGUGCGUGGGCGCUGCGCGUCAUCACGUGGCAGAGAGGGUCCCGAGAGAGGGCUUACUAUGACUUCGAUCAAGACAUCUACAUACUCUUCAACCCAUGGAUUCCUGAUGAUCAAACCUACAUGGAAGACACAGCUCUUCUCCAGGAGUACGUGCUGAACGACGUGGGCAAAGUGUGGGUGGGGCCCGUUAAGACCACGCGUGGGAAACCCUGGAUGUACGGCCAGUUCGACGCCGUGGUGCUGCCGGCCUGCAUGUUCAUGCUCGACAGGGCUGAAGUGCCAUUCAACCAUCGUGGUGACCCAGUAAAGGUGACACGAGCAAUCUCCCGCAUCGUGAACUCGAAUGAUGACGGUGGCGUGCUAGUGGGACGCUGGGACGGCCAGUACGAGGACGGCACAGCGCCAUCAGACUGGACUGGCUCCGUCGACAUCCUCGCCCAGUUCUUGGAGACACAGGACUCUGUUCCGUAUGGACAAUGCUGGGUCUUCGCUGGUGUUGUUACAGCUGUUUGCCGUGCCCUCGGCAUCCCAUCCCGUGUGGUCUCCAACCUGGUCUCCGCGCACGACGCGAACAGCACCCUCACCGUAGACAAGUACUACUCCGAGACCAUGGAGGAGCUGGGCUAUGACCCCAGCAAUGAUGAACCGGAACACACUGACUCCAUCUGGAAUUACCACGUCUGGAACGAUGUUUGGAUGGCAAGGCCUGAUUUGACUGCUGGUUACGGCGGCUGGCAAGCAAUCGACGCGACUCCUCAAGAGACCUCCAAGGGAGAGUACCAGUGCGGCCCAGCGCCUCUCGAAGCCAUUAAGCAAGGAGUCAUCGGCAUGAACUACGAUGUGGAAUUUAUGCUGGCGUCCGUCAACGCUGACCUCAUGCGGUGGAGGAUCGACCCUAGCGAGGAGACGGGAUACUCCAUGGUCGACAGUAAUACUUACCAUAUUGGGCGUAUGGUGCUCACGAAGAAGCCCUACGUGUUCGACCCUAACGGUGAUGGAGACCGAGAGGAUAUCACGGAGCAGUACAAGUUUAGAGAGGGAACAGCUUCCGAGAGGCUCGCGCUUAUGAACGGAGUCAGGUUCUCUGAGAGAGCUAAGAGAUAUUACUCAGUAGCAAGCAACUUGCAGAACGAUGUGACAUUUAACCUGAAGGACGUAGACACGGUUCCCAUCGGUAAAGACUUCAGGGUCACCGUCGACAUUGAAAACACAUCCAGUGAGGGUCGUAACAUCAAGGCAUCGCUGUCAACGGCCAGCGUCUUCUACAACGGCGUGAGAGCUGGUGUUAUCAAGAAGGUGGAAGGGAAAAUGUUCGUUGGAGCGAACAAAAAGGAACAAAUAAGUAUUCUAGUCAAGUCAGAUGACUACUUGCCGAAGUUGGUGGAGUACUGCAACAUCAAGAUUUCAGCGAUGGCCAUUGUGGACGAGACUAAACAGUCCUGGGCGGAUGACGAUGACUUCCAGAUUAUUAAGCCUAAUAUUAUGAUUAAGUUCAACGAGGACUUGAUAAUCGGCCAGCCCGCAGUAGCCCUGUUAUCUUUCACGAACCCCCUGGACCGGACGCUGACCGGGUGUGAGUUCCGGCUGACGUCAUCCGGCAUUACGGGCCGUACGCUCAAGUACUCGCCUAGUGAUGUGGCGCCGCUCGAACCGGUUAGCGUGGAGAUACCGAUACAGCCUAGCAAACUUGGCAAGAUCAACUUCGUAGCGACAUUCAAAUCAGUUGAACUCAAGGAUAUCAACGGCGCGGCUAGUGCUGAAGUCUUCGAAGGAUAAACGACCUUAGCACUCUACACAUAAGAUUCAUUUUACGUUGUCAUAACAACUGUUGUACUAUUUUUAAUUACGCGAGUUAUUUAGUCAGAUAAUGUUAAGCUUACAUUAUUUUUGUUACCAUUUUAACUCAUUAGUGUUAAUGAAUUUUUGAAAUUUGUAUUUUUUUAUUAUUUUAUAAUAUAA